UCAGCCGUCAGACCUUCGCGCCUCAGUUCAGUCCGCUCACACCACUGCCCGCCGCUGCAGGCCUCGGGGAGCACGGUGACUUGCCAUCAGUUCCCUCAGUGCCUGCCCCCAAGGAUGAGCGCCGCCGGGAGGGCGGCGGCAGUGGUGGCGGUGGCGGUGGUGGUGGUGUCGAGGGCAGCCCAGGGUCAAGACAGCAUCGUGCCCGAGGGUUACCAGCAGGACCUGAGACCCAAGACACCAAACGGAGAUCCACUGAAGGUUGGCGUCAGCAUGAAAAUCAACGGCAUAUCUGAAGUGAACCUCGAACAGAUGUCCAUUCUGUUCGAGGUGUACCUUCGUGUAUCAUGGAGGGACACUCGCCUCGUCUUUCCUCAUUCCUCCGUCAACGCCUCCAGUGAUGCUUCUAAGAGCUCUUCCAACACCCAGCAGGAGAAAACGUCCAUGACAGUGUCCCCAGCGCUCCUGAAGAAGGUGUGGGUGCCUGACGUGUUCAUCCGAGGCACUCGCUCUCUCGACACCUUCACCUUCCUGCAGAAGUUCCAGGGCGUUACCAUUUCCUCAGAUUCCACCGUAUUCACCUCCGUCAUGAUGCAGCUCAAACUGGUGUGCAGCAUGUCCUUCUACAUGUAUCCCUUCGACGUCCAGCGGUGCACUGUGCAUAUCAAGAGCUACAUCUACCAGCUGCACGAGCUCGCCCUGGAGUGGAUGCUGCCCGGACUCAGCACAGACGACGACCUCAAGCGGCAGCUGGCGGGCUACGACUUUUCGGUGAAGAUUCUGAACGGCACCACAUGUUCCUGCAACAAGUGUGUGCCCGAGACAUCGCCGUGUCUCCGCGUUCAUCUGGUGCUCCGCCGCCACAGUUUCAUCCACGUCAUGAGUUCCUACGUGCCCUCUGGACUCUUCGUGGUAGUGGGGUGGACUUCAUUCUUCUGGCCCGCCGAGGUGGUGCCGGGGCGAACUGUGCUGGUGAUCACCUCGCUUCUCACCAUCACCUCCAUGUACACGGGCAUCAGGCAGACGAGUCCCACCACCAGCUACGUGAAGGCCUUGGACGUGUGGAUGUUGAUGUGCAUACUACUCACCACUGUGCCUCUCCUGCAGUAUGCCCUCAUCUUGUCGUGGAGGAAAACCAGUGACAACAGCGUAACGAAAGUAGUGCCCGGGAAGUCAGCGGUAUCCACUAGAAUCUCCGCCACUGAAAUCUACGAGACUCGCAAGAGGAAAGCUGAGUUGGUUGGCCGUGUGGGAUUACCGGUUUGUUUCUUGCUCUUCAACCUCGCCUACUGGCCCUCCUACCUGACCCCCAGCCUCCAAGCCCUGGAUUAAGGCCACCACGAGUGUCUGCGCCGCCCUGAUGCUGUGGUGCACUCUGAACUAAUGUGCCGAAUGUCUUGUCAGUUGUUAUUUUCAUGUGUGUUUGUGUUUUCAUGUCCUCUAUUGUCAUUUUUUUUUUUCAGAUGUCUGUAUAUCUUUUUUUUUAUUCUCUCUCUCUCUCUCUCUCUCUCUCUCUCUCUCU